AAAAUGUUGUUUUUGACAGCAGUCAAAAAUCCCGGUAUCUUCUACUACAUCUUUAUUCCGGUGAAGUACUACGGAAUAAAAGGAAGAGUUGGAUUCGAAAUUGAUGAAUAAGUUCUUACUUGUUCAAAACGUCGUCUCAAAUUCGGAACAUUUUAACCAUGGGCAGGGAAAAAAUUCUUUUCUUAUUUGAUAUUGAUGGAACUCUUACUAGAUCUAGACAGGAUGUAACUGCCAAGAUGAAGACAUUUUUAACUGAGUUAUGUCAAAGAGUUCCUGUUGGUCUUGUUGGUGGCUCAGAUUUGGCUAAAAUUGGUGAACAAAUGGGAGACGGUCUUGACGUUGUCAAAUCAUAUGAAUAUGUGUUUGCUGAGAAUGGGUUAGUUGCAUACAAGAAAGGAACAUGCAUAGGAAAACAGAGCAUUCUUGACUUUAUGGGUGAAGAAAAGCUGCAGACUUUCAUAAAUUAUUGUUUACAAUACAUGUCAAAAAUAACCCUGCCAGUAAAGAGUCAUCAAUCAACCAGUAUUUGUGAAUGUGGCACCACUGUAGACGACGUUUAG